AUGGACACUGCCCCGUCGUACAGGCUGUACAAAUGGGUGCCAAACUGGGGUCUGCCGUCAAUUUCUGCUGCAUGCAUCCAAGUGGAGAAAGCGGAGUUGUUGGCCUUCACAGCACUUGUGGAGGCCAAGCUGGAGCCUGCAACUCUGUACACAACAUGGUGCGAGGCCGAGAGCUACAACAGGCAUACACGGGCGGCAUAUGCGGCGGGCUUGCCACUGCCACUGAAUUAUUGGCUCCCAUGGAACCAGCGAAGGGCAAUCAUGCGGAAGUUUGAAGGCACCACGCAAGCACAGGUUUAUGAGGACGCAGGUCGUGUGUAUGCGGCGUUGGAGGAGCAGUUGCGGUCAAACAGCGUCAAGGGCAGCUACUUCUUUGGCAGCAGGCCGAGCAGCUUAGAUGCCGCCAUUUUUGCUCACUUAGCCUUUCAUCAUGGCGCGCCAGUGUCUGCUCCAGAACUCAGACAAAAGCUGGCGGGCCAUCCAACACUUGUGGCUUAUGUAGAACGCAUCAGCCGGGAAGUCUUCUCUGCUCCGCUGCCCACAGCGCCGCCCAUGACAUCCACUGCCUGGGCACAGCGUGCUGAGGAAGCAUCCACAUCCUCACAGGCACAGAGAGAGAAGAAGGAAUUGAGCGCGAAGGACAAAGAGUGGAGGCGCGGCAAUCAGAUGUGGCUUGCUGGCGCUGGUCUUGCUAUUGCUGCAUACUUCCUGCUCAGUGGGCAGUAUAUACAGUUCACCACCGACUUUGGGUAUGAUGAGGACGAAGAUGAUGAUCAGUAG